AUGGAUAUUGGGGAUAAUGGUGGGGAUGCCGGUGGCUUUGAUGAAGUGGGGGCAACCCAGAAGCCUAGAGCCCUACCUGAAGACCUACCAAAAUCCUUAGAUGAUCGCAAGAGUGUGCCUUCUCACUUCACCCCUGAGACUGAGAUGUAUGAUGCGUGGCAAGGGCAAUCCCAAUUCCUGACGACCCCGGUCCUGGCAAAACCACUACAGUUUAACAACCUGUCAUUAGAUAGCGAUGCGUACGGUGAUGAUCUUGCCACCCAAAGAAUUGGCGAUAGCGACUCGAGAUUGAUGGAGAUGCUUGCUGCACAAGCAGCACAUCGAGAUGGCUCUGCAAGCGAGGACGAGAACGCAGUGGCUUCAGACGACAAGCUAUCAGAUGGGGAGAAGAGGGACAUCCUGCAGAAAGUCCUCAAUAUGGCCGCUAGCAAUGGAGAUGUCGAGCGGAUACAGCGGAUCCUGAAUGGGAAAGCAAAGGGAUUUGUGGAUAUAAAUGCGCCGGACGAGGAGGGUACCGCGCCUCUGAUUUAUGCGAGUUGCUUUGGGCACGAGGCUGUUGUUAAUGCCCUCGUCGACGCAGGCGCAAAUGUCGACCAGCAGGAUCGGAACCAAUGGAGUGCGCUUAUGUGGGCUAUGACGAAUCGGCACAAGGGCAUUGCAAAAUCACUCUUGGACCAUGGUGCAUCUCCGGAGGUCAAAUCCUCUUCUGGACGUACGGCAUUUGAUUUUGUUGCCCCUGACAGCGAAAUCUCGGGCUAUUUGCACGAUAGUGGAUAUCAUAUUGGAAGUGUUGGAGUCACAGAUGAUUUUUAUAACCCAGGAUUCUCGCAAGAUCGAUUCGAGGAGGAAAUGGCUGAAAAUGAGUUGAGACGACGCAUGAUGAUGGAAAGUGCUCGAGACUUGGAAGUUGACUUGGGGAACGUCGGUAUAGAUGAUCAACCAGAGUCACCGGGAGAGCUCGAAGAAGAAGCACAAGAAUUUGAUUGGACUAGAUGUCUACAUGACCAGAUGUUUGUGUUCCAGGAAAGCGAAUUGGGCCGGAUUCUGGAUAUCAUCAUUACCAACAUGACACCUCAGCGAUCUCCAUCACAAAAGCCUGUUCCCGCCAACAUGAUAUUCCUCAGUGCUCGAUAUGCCCACUACCAUGCGGACCAAAUGCUCCUUGCUCAACUGCUCACCACUGCUAUGGAUAAGAUCAACGAUGUUGUGGAAAAGAAUCAAUGGGACAUGACCAUUCUUGCGUUUUGGAUCUCUAAUGCGACGCUGCUUUUGCAUUAUCUUAAAAAGGAUACAGGUUUAUCCGAAUCGACCACAGAGUUCCAACUGCAACUGGCGGAACUCAUCAACGAAAUCUUCAUCUUGAUCAUAAGAGAUGCAGAACGCAGAAUGGACAAGGUUUUAGACUCCGCAAUGCUGGAUCAUGAAACUAUCCCGGGCUUUGAAGAUAUUGCGUUCCAGCAUGAAUGGAAAAUUUUCAAGAGGAAGAACACUGUGAAAGAAGAACCUGCUGAGAAACGGUUUCGGCCGCCUUCCCCAAAGCAGAGAGCCAAACCAUCACCACGAAACGUAACAUCACUUCUCUCUUCAACACUUUUCGUGCUGGAUUUAUACGACAUACAUUCCGUCAUAACCUCUCAAAUAUUAGCCCAGCUGCUCUACUGGCUUGGGGCGGAACUGUUCAAUCGUAUUAUGUCGAAUCGCAAAUAUCUUGCGCGAACAAAGGCAAUGCAGAUCCGAAUGAAUGUUUCGAGUCUCGAAGAAUGGGCCCGGCUGAACAAUAGGCAACCGGAACAUUAUGAGCAUGGCUCCAUGACCUCAACAGGCGAAGUCACAGUUGACGCGGCGCGAAGGCAUCUUGCGCCUCUGAUCCAGUUGCUGCAAUGGUUACAGUGCUUCUCAUCACUUGGAAUGGAUGAUCUGGAGGCGCUAGUUGGCACUCUGCAGCAACUUACACGGCUUACACCACAGCAGCUCAUUCAUUCCGUGAAGCAUUACCGGCCAGAAGUCGGAGAGAAAGGUCUCCCCAAAAGUGCCAUGAAGUAUUUGAUCAAUUUGCAAAGAGAGGCACAGCUGCGAAAGGAGCGGCAGAGGAUCUCUGCUGCAUCACCGAACACAACGCCAGUUAAGAAGGCCGCGAACGGGCAAGCGCCUGCAACUCCCGAUUCAAAUGCAACUACGUUGAAACCUGAGGAGCAGCUACCCGAGGAUGAAGAUGAUGCACCGGAGCACCUUCUUCUGGACCCAGCUCUCAUGCUCCCGUUCUCACUGCCCACGAGCACAGAUAUGCUUAUUAGUUAUGGCGCUGGGUUUGGGGGUCUAAACCGCGAGCGUGAGCGGAAAUAUAUCCCCACCGUCCCGCCAGAAUUCCUAGCAAAGCUCGAUCUGAAUGGAGGGCGUGCACAAUCGACGUACCAAGAACGAGAUUGGGCGAACGAAGAUAUUUAA